AGUAAGCCGAGCAAUCCACAUUGAUCUGAAAUUGUUCUCUUCUUAGUGAUAUCGUAGACAACAAUCAAAAUGUCAGCUCCAAGUGUUCAAGUUUUUGAUUCUGACACAAUUGUUGCAGACAAGCUGUGUUCUUUAGUUGUCAAUAGAGCUAAUGAAACCAUAAAGGCAAGAGGGAAGUUCUUUAUUGGUGUGUCUGGUGGCAGUGUUGCUAAAUUUCUAUGUGGAGGUCUUCAAAAGGCGGAGACUGAUUGGUCCAAGUGGAAAAUCUUUUUCUGUGAUGAGAGACAUGUACCUUUUGACAAUCCAGAAUGUACCUACAGCAUUUAUGAGAAAAAUUUAACCUCAAAAAUUAACUUUCCUAAAGAAAACAUCUUCCCUAUCAACCCAGAGUUGUCAGUUUCUGAGAGUGCUACAGAUUAUGCUCAAAAGAUUUCCAAGGAAUUUGAAACCAAUGGUGUUCCUGAAUUUGAUGUCUUAGUGCUUGGAAUGGGUCCAGAUGGUCAUGUGUGUUCAUUAUUUCCAGGACAUCCAUUGUUAGAUGAAACAACCAAGGUUGUAGCACCUAUAUCUGAUUCUCCAAAACCCCCACCAAGCCGGGUGACACUGACUUUCCCAGUCAUCAAUCGUUGUCGAUGUGCUGUAUUUGCUUCCUGUGGAGCAGCCAAAGCUGAUAUUCUGAAGAAAGUUUUAGAAAUAAGAGAAGAACCCCUUCUUCCUGCCUCCAGAGUUAACCCGACUAAAGGGGAGUUAAUUUGGAUGUUAGAUAGUGCAGCUGCAGCAAAUCUGUCCAAUGUUAGCAAAAUGUAACAAGAUCAAACAAAUAAAUAAAUGGGUGAAUGGUUAAAAGACUUAUGUAACAAAAAAUUUUUAUUUUUCAAAAUUUUAUACAUUUUUUUU